AUGCCAAACGUUGAGCCGACGGCUGAGCCGACUGUCGAGCCGAAGCAUGAGGCUGCCUCAAGUACUUGGGGAGUUGAGGCGGAUGGAUCAGGAACUGCCCCGCCAGUGCACCCAGUGGCGGCGAAACCUUCGACAAGGUAUGAAGCUUUCGACAGCGAGGAUAUCACCAUCACUUUGCGCGUGAGCAGCAGGCUUGCAGUGAGAAUCGCUUGCUCUCUUUUUGUUGUCAGUGCUGCUGCGGUCGCAAUCGCUGUGGGCUUUUCUCACGGGCAGAAGGCAACAGCGGUGGCGGAUGUUCUUGGUACGAAGUUCCCCUCGCCACCAUUAGCUGUGCAGCCGCCGCCCUCGCUGCCGCCCUCGCUGCCGCCCUCGCUGCCGCCCUCUCUCCCGCCAUCGCCGCCGGCCUCGCCGCCGCCCUCGCGAUCAACGCCCUCGCCGCCGCCGUCGCCGCCCUCCUCGCCGCCGCCGCCCUCCUCCCCGCCUUCGGCACGGCUCACGGUUCUUAACCGCACCCUCGCGGUUUUCCUGUCGGGCGUAAACCUGGCCUGGCUUCGGUACGGCAACGACUUUGGCAACGGUCAGAGCAACGCUCACUUCUGUGCCCUCAAGGACGUGCUCGUCAACACUUCGAGGGCAGGCGGCAACUCGAUGAGGGUUUGGCUUCACGUGGAGGGCUACAAAACGCCCGUGUUCGAUGCCGACGGGGUGGUCGUCGCCACUGACUCGACGGGAUCGCUCAUCUCCGACAUGCGCCGCUACCUGCGCGCGGCGCGACAGCUCGACAUCCUCAUUUUCUUCGUGCUGUGGAAUGGCGCGGUUCUCAAACACCAGCGCGUGAAGGACCUCUUCUCCGACAUGUCGAAACUGGACAGCUACAUCGACACCGUACUCGUGCCGAUGGUGCGCUCGCUGCGCGACGAGCCCGCCCUUGGGGGCUGGGACGUCAUCAACGAGCCUGAGGGCUCCGUCGCUGCGGACGUGGCCGACCCGAACCCGUGCUACGACACCACCCCCCUCGCUCGCACUGGCGCGGGCUGGGCGCAGCCAACCGAGCCCAUACCUAUGGAGCAGGUGCUCCGCUUCGUGGGUGCCCAGGCGGCGGCGAUCCACGCCGCUGCCCCCGCCUCCCUGGUCACGGUCGGGUCGUGGUCGGAGCUCGCCUCCUCCGACGCCCUCGGCAAGCGCAACUAUUACACCGACGAGUGCCUUCGCGGAGCGGUCGGCGCGGCCGCGGCGGCUGGGGCUCGACUCGACUUUCUUCAGGUGCACUCGUAUGCCCACAAAGGCAAGUUCAACCCCACCUCCCCGUUUCUUCACUCGGAGGCAGACUUCCGCGUCUCCGCUCCGCUGCUCAUCGGCGAGUUUGUGCUCGGUCAGAAAGCCGAGGGACGCACCGCUGAGCAGCUGUAUGGCUGGGCGCACAGCCAUGCCUACGCCGGCGCGUGGGGGUGGACGGCGGUGUCGCAGCCCACCCUCUUUGCGGGCAUGGCGUCGCUCCAGGGCUAUGCCAACGUAUCGGCCGUCGCACUGACGCACGCCACGCCGCCGCCUCCGGACACGUGUAGUGACUGCUCCGACGUGCCCUCAAACACGCGCUACACUUGCGAGCAGCAGGUGCGGUGGGGAAAAUGCGGCGAACCAUGGAUGCAGGGCUUCUGCUGUCGCUCGUGUCAUGGCUGCAGUUCGCAAUGCGAGUCACGGCGCAGCUUGCUCGCGCGGGAGCAGGAGCCGGCGGCGUCUACGUAUGGGCAGCCUGAUUGGUCGCACACCGCCUACCGCGACUACGUGAUGCAGACCUUGGAGGAGCAUCGCCGCCGUACCAGAUUGUAG